AUGAUGCUCUCACCGUCGACACGGUUGACAGUUGUUAUUGCUAUCUCGACAUGCUUUUUUAUUGGGGAGAUUUCUGUUGGAUUUUAUACACGCUCACUAGCGUUGAUCGCUGACGCAUUCCACUAUUUGAAUGACUUGAUUGGAUUUGUUAUUGCUCUGCUGGCAUUGAAGAUUGAAGAAAAGGGCGAUUCACCGAACAACCUCUCAUUUGGGUGGCAAAGAGCCCAGCUGCUCGGUGCAUUCUUCAACGGAGUACUGUUAUUCGCUCUAGGGAUCAGUAUAUUCCUACAAUCUAUUGAGCGCUUCAUUUCUCUAGAACGUGAGUCUGAGGAUAUCCACCUUAUGAUCCAAAGGCUGAUCGAAACAGCUAUCCAGCAGCCAAAAUUAGUCCUGAUUGUAGGCGCCAUUGGCCUGACGCUCAAUUUAAUCAGCGCUCUGUUCUUGCAUGAACACCAUGGCCACGACCAUGGGCCCCUUCGAACGGUUAAAGAUCCAAUAUCCCCUGCAACAGAUGAUGAUCUUGAAUCCCUAACGAAGCACCACAACCAUAAGCAUACGCACUCCGAACUUCUCACCGGCUGCAAAGACCACGAACACGAUCAUAGCCACGGCCACAGCCAUAAACAUGGACAUGGGCACGGGCAUGGUCAUGGUCAUGAUUUCGGUAUGAUGGGCGUCCUUCUCCACGUUCUGUGCGACGCCGCAAACAACCUUGGCGUUAUGGCCGCGGCCCUGGUCAUCUGGCUUGCUAAGUACGAGGGACGAUACUAUGCCGAUCCCGGCGUGAGCAUGGGGAUCGCAAUUUUGAUCUUCCUAUCCUCGAUACCGCUGAUACGAAGAACGGGAGAAUUCCUAUUGGAGAGCGCGCCCAACGGCGUUAGCUUGAGCGACGUGCAACACGACCUUGAGAAGGUCCCGGGCGUCGUCUCUAUCCACGAACUGCACAUUUGGCAGCUCAAUCAGCAAAAGACCCUCGCUUCAGUCCAUGUCGUGGUCUCGGAGCCUACGGUGGAUUCUUUCAUGGAAACAGCCAAGAUCAUUAGCCAGUGCUUCCACGCGUAUGGGAUCCACUCAAUCACCUUGCAGCCAGAGGUCGUCUCGGAAGGGAGCGUUGUGUACCUCGACGGAGAAAAGGUGCCCCGUUGUCAGGUGGUCAUCCAGCCUGAUGGGUUUCCGUGGCUGCAUUGCCUCCCGGGAUCCGGGAUCUAA